CCCACAUAUCCUUUCUCUUUUGACGUAUCGCUCGACGCAAAACCUCAUUCAUUCUUUUGUUCUUCUUCUCACUCCCAUCGUCACCUUUUCCUCCUUUCUGCCAUGAGUAACCCUGGCUAUGGCCAGACUAACCCAUUCGCCAAUCCACCUUCAGGCCCUGGUAGACAACAGCAGCCUUACGGCCUUCCUCCUUCUUCUUAUUCCCAACCUCGAUACGGUGAACCGGAGGCUUCACCGAAUGAUCCUUAUGGCUCUCAAAAUUCGAGUACUACUCGUUUGGCUGGUGCCCCGGCUUAUUAUGACCAAAAUAAUAAUUCUGGCUCGGAUUACAAUCAGCAAUAUGCAGCAUCCGUUGAUUCCCAUUCCAGCUAUCCCAGUAUUUCUCCCUUUGCCGACCCUGGUCUUGGUUCCGGCGAGCCAUAUCCUGCCUGGUCUGCAGACCGUCAAAUACCCAUGUCGACAGAGGAAAUCGAGGACGUGUUCAUCGAUUUGACCCAAAAGUUUGGUUUUCAAAGGGACUCUAUGCGCAAUAUGUUUGAUUUUCUCAUGCACUUGCUCGAUUCACGGGCUUCCCGCAUGACACCUAAUCAAGCCUUGCUAACGCUACAUGCUGACUACAUCGGCGGCCAGCACGCAAACUAUCGCAAAUGGUAUUUUGCUGCUCAGCUCAAUCUUGACGACGCCGUUGGACAGUCGCAAAAUCCUGGUCUUCAACGGUUGAAAUCUGUCAAAGGUCAAGGCGGAAAAAGCAAGCAUCUUGAUUCUGCUCUGAACCGGUGGCGAAAUGCCAUGAAUAACAUGUCCCAAUAUGACCGGCUGCGACAGAUAGCGCUAUUUCUACUUUGCUGGGGUGAAGGCGGGAACGUUCGUUUUGUACCCGAAACGCUUUGCUUCAUCUUCAAAUGUGCAGACGACUACUACCGAAGUCCUGAAUGCCAGAACAGGGUCGAACCUGUGCAGGAGGGUCUGUACUUGAACACUGUGAUCAAACCUUUGUAUCGGUUCAUGCGAGAUCAAGGCUACGAGGUCGUGGAUGGAAAAUUUGUGAGGAAGGAAAAGGAUCAUGACCAGAUUAUAGGAUACGAUGACAUCAACCAGUUGUUCUGGUAUCCUGAAGGAUUGUCCAAAAUAGUCCUGAAUGACAAUAGCCGACUUGUUGAUCUUGCUCCUGCUCAACGUUUCAUGAAGCUUGGUCGCGUUGAUUGGAACCGGGUCUUCUUCAAAACUUACUUUGAGAAGCGUUCGACCUUGCACCUUGUUGUCAACUUCAAUCGAAUUUGGAUCCUCCAUAUCUCUUUGUACUAUUUCUACACAGCUUUCAAUUCGCCCAAAGUUUAUGCUCCAAAAAACACGACUUCUCCCUCCCCCCAAAUGCAAUGGUCCGCCGUCGCUCUCGGAGGUGCUGUUUCUACUGGUAUCAUGAUCCUCGCCACUUUGGCUGAAUUCAGCUACAUCCCCACAACUUGGAACAACGCUUCUCACCUAACCACCCGGCUCAUCAUUUUGUUGGUCAUCUUAGCACUCACGGCGGGACCCACUUUCUAUAUCGCUUCGGUAGACGGUCGAACGGACCUCAACCAAGUACCUCUUAUACUUGGAAUCGUGCAGUUCUUCAUAUCGGUGGUCGUCACCCUUGCGUUCGGUCUAAUUCCCUCAGGCCGCAUGUUUGGUGACCGUGUCGCGGGAAAGGCCAGAAAAUAUAUGGCUUCCCAGACUUUCACCGCCUCUUACCCCGCGUUGGAACGUACCGCUAGGACUGCGUCUAUCAUCCUCUGGAUCUUGAUUUUCAGCUGCAAAUUCGUUGAAUCAUAUUUCUUCUUGACCACUUCCUUCUCCUCUCCUAUCGCUGUUAUGGCACGGACCAAAGUACAGGGAUGCAACGAUAGACUUUUUGGUACCGCGCUUUGUUCCAACCAGGUUCCGUUUGCGCUGGCCAUCAUGUACUUGAUGGAUCUAAUAUUGUUCUUUUUGGAUACGUAUCUCUGGUACAUUAUCUGGUCUGUGGUGUUCAGUAUCGGGCGUAGCUUCAGCCUAGGUCUGAGUAUUUGGACUCCUUGGAAAGAUAUCUUCACAAGACUCCCAAAGCGAAUUUAUGCAAAAUUGCUCGCGACGGGGGAGAUGGAGGUAAAAUACAAGCCAAAAGUUUUAGUCUCUCAAAUCUGGAAUGCAGUGAUCAUCUCAAUGUACAGAGAACACUUGCUGUCUAUAGACCAUGUACAACGCCUUCUUUAUCAUCAAGUCGAUGGCGCUGAUGGACGUAGGACACUUCGUGCUCCUCCAUUCUUCACUCAUCAGACUGGCAACAAUGCAACAUUCUUCCCCCCUGGUGGCGAAGCUGAGCGUCGUAUAUCGUUCUUUGCUUCCUCGCUUACUACCGCAAUUCCUGAGCCGCUUCCUGUCGAUGCCAUGCCCACGUUCACCGUUCUGGUUCCUCACUACUCUGAAAAGAUUCUCCUCAGCCUUCGAGAGAUCAUCCGCGAGGAGGAUCAAAACACUCGCGUCACAAUGCUGGAGUAUCUUAAACAAUUGCACCCAGUCGAAUGGGAUAAUUUCGUGAAGGACACCAAGAUCUUGGCAGAGGAGAUCGAUGGAGAUACGGGCAGUAUACCAGGCCCUAACGAGAAAGGUUCCAAAGCUGAUGAUCUUCCCUUUUACUGCAUUGGUUUCAAAACCUCAUCGCCAGAAUACACUCUGCGUACUCGAAUAUGGGCUUCGUUACGAGCUCAGACUCUUUACCGAACUGUCUCUGGAAUGAUGAACUACUCCAAAGCGAUCAAGCUCCUCUAUCGCGUAGAGAAUCCAGACAUAGUACACAACUUUGGCGGUAACACUGAACGACUAGAACGCGAACUAGAGAGAAUGUCCAGGCGUAAAUUCAAAUUUGCGAUAUCCAUGCAGCGCUUCUCCAAAUUCAAUAAAGAGGAGCAGGAGAAUGCUGAAUUCUUAUUACGCGCCUACCCCGACUUACAGAUUGCCUACCUUGACGAGGAGCCCGGACCCAAGGGGAGUGAAGCGAGGUUGUUCUCGGUUCUCAUCGAUGGUCACUCGGAGCUAGAUGAGGCAACUGGCAAAAGGAAACCGAAGUUCCGUGUCGAAUUGCCUGGAAAUCCUAUACUUGGUGACGGAAAGUCCGAUAAUCAAAACCACGCCAUUAUUUUCUACCGAGGAGAGUAUCUGCAACUCAUCGACGCUAACCAAGAUAACUACCUCGAGGAAUGUCUAAAGAUCAGAAACAUCCUCGGCGAGUUUGAAGAAUACUCCGUAUCUAGCCAGAGUCCUUACGCGCAAUGGGGACACAAAGAGUUCAAGAAAGCUCCGGUAGCCAUCGUCGGUACUCGUGAAUACAUCUUUUCAGAAAACAUCGGUGUGCUUGGUGAUAUUGCUGCCGGCAAGGAACAGACAUUUGGUACCAUGACAGCCCGUGCAUUAGCAUGGAUUGGUGGAAAGCUUCAUUACGGACAUCCCGAUUUCCUCAACGCCACAUUCAUGAACACUCGAGGAGGAGUAUCCAAAGCUCAGAAGGGAUUACACUUAAACGAGGAUAUCUUCGCUGGUAUGAAUGCUUUUGGUCGUGGUGGUCGUAUCAAACAUUCGGAGUAUUACCAAUGUGGUAAAGGUCGUGAUCUUGGUUUCGGCACCAUCUUGAACUUCCAGACCAAAAUUGGAACUGGUAUGGGUGAGCAGAUGUUGAGUCGAGAGUACUAUUAUCUAGGGACUCAGCUUCCUAUCGACCGAUUCCUCACUUUUUACUACGGUCACCCCGGUUUCCACAUCAAUAACAUCCUCGUCAUUUAUUCAAUUCAGAUUUUCAUGCUCACGUUGGUGUAUCUCGGAACUCUUAACAAGCAACUUCUUAUUUGCAAGGUCGAUACAUCAGGCAAUGUUAUUGGUGGUCAGCCUGGUUGCUAUAAUCUGCAGCCGGUGUUUGACUGGAUCAAGCGUUGUAUCGUAUCCAUUUUCUUGGUGUUUUUCAUUGCAUUCCUCCCUCUGUUCCUGCAAGAACUGGUUGAACGUGGAACUGGAAAGGCAAUGUUGCGUUUGGGCAAGCACUUCCUAUCCCUGUCACCCAUUUUCGAAGUGUUCUCGACGCAAAUUUACUCACAGGCGAUCUUGAGUAACCUGACGUUUGGUGGCGCCCGUUACAUUGCUACUGGUCGUGGGUUUGCGACAACCCGCAUAAACUUCAGCAUUCUCUAUUCCCGGUUUGCUGGCCCCAGCAUUUACAUGGGAAUGCGAAAUUUGCUGCUGCUCCUCUACGCUACUAUGACCAUCUGGAUACCGCAUUUGAUCUAUUUCUGGAUUUCCAUUUUCUCCCUGUGUAUUGCGCCUUUCUUGUUCAAUCCUCACCAAUUUUCUUUCGUCGACUUCAUCAUUGAUUACCGAGAGUUCCUUCGUUGGAUGUCUCGUGGAAACUCGAGAACAAAGGCUAGCAGUUGGUAUGGAUAUUGUCGUCUUUCGCGUACCAUGAUCACCGGAUACAAGAAGAAGAAAUUGGGACAUCCUUCGGAAAAGCUUUCUGGAGACGUUCCUCGUGCUGGUUGGAAGACGGUCAUAUUUUCAGAGAUUAUCUGGCCAAUUUGUGUCUCGAUCAUCUUCAUCGUCGCUUAUAUGUUCGUGAAAUCGUUCCCCGACAGCAAUGGUAACCAACCUCCCAGCCCGUUAAUCCGCAUUGCUGUUAUUGCCCUUGGGCCCAUCGUCUGGAACGCUGCCGUGUUGUUGGCACUUUUCUUCAUCUCCUUAAUGCUCGGGCCGAUGAUGGAUUCAUGGACCAAGUUUGCAUCUGUCAUGGCUGCAAUCGCUCACUGUUUGGCCUUGUUGGGAAUCAUAGCAUUCUUUGAAUUUUUCUGGUUUUUGGAGCUCUGGGAUGCCUCCCAUGCUGUGCUUGGGGUUAUUUGUAUCGUUGCUAUUCAAAGGACGAUCCAGAAGAUUCUCAUUGCAGUCUUCUUGACUCGUGAAUACAAACAUGACGAGACGAAUCGCGCAUGGUGGACUGGUAAAUGGUAUGGCAGAGGGCUUGGUUCUUCAGCUAUCUCCCAGCCUGCCAGAGAAUUUAUCGUCAAGAUUGUGGAAAUGUCGCUCUGGAGCUCAGAUUUCUUGCUGGGUCACAUUUUGCUCAUUGCGCUAACUCCACCCAUCCUCAUACCCUUCGUCAACCAAAUUCACUCGACCAUGCUCUUGUGGCUCCGUCCUUCUAAACAGAUACGCGCCCCAUUGUACUCCACAAAACAGAAGCGGACACGGCGUUGGAUUGUCGCAAAAUAUACGUUUGUCUACGCUGUCAUUGUAGCUUUCUUGCUCGCACUAGUCAUUCUCCCUGCACUAUUCCGGAACGAAAUCACGUUCAGUUGCUCGAUUUGCAAGUCCAUCUAAUGAUCUAUCGUAAAAUAUUCUAUAUGCGUUCGUUGAUGAAGUAACUCACAUACUGAUCUUGCAUAUCGCUGCGUUUGGACCAGCGUUUUCCUUGUAACUCUUACAGCUCGGGACAUUAUACAUUAUUUUAAUCAAUACCCUGUUUCGGACCACACAAUACAUGGUAGAUGCUUUGUACCUUCAGUGAGAUGAUGAUGUGCAGAUUGAACUAAGCAAGAGACGUUGGAACUUGAAGCCUAAAUUCCCUUUACUGAAUGGGUCAGAGGUUCAUUGAAUAUGUUUCUCAUGUAUCUUGUGCUUCAGCCCUCAUAAUAAUUCUUAGUCAAGUACCUGCAUCGUGCAUAACACAUCCGUGGUAUAUAGAGGUCGAAGCAGAUUUGUUGUCCCAUCA